AUGUUCCAUUCAAUAAAGCUAUUUCUGCUGUGGCAGCUACCCUUCGCUCUUGCUGUUCGGAGAAUUCCUGAUGGUCAUUGGGGCACAUUCAAGACUCAAUUGUUAGCAGCAAAGAAGAACCAUCAUCGGCAAACAUCAGCGCAAGAAGAAGAAGGAGGAGGCAACAAGGCUCAUAGACGGGUAACUGUUGAUAUUCCAGCUUCUCCUGAUGGUCAUUUGGUAACUGAAUUGCCGCUAUUGGACAAAGCCAAGUUUCCUACCUCUCAUUGGGCCGGAUUGUUGCCAGUCAAUGAUGAUGGCCAGAAUUAUUUCUUUUAUUGGCUCUUUGCUCCGGACGAUGGCAGUGGACAGGACAUGGAUUUCAGCGAUCGAUCCAUUCCGUUGGUAAUCUGGUUGAACGGAGGACCGGCUUGUAGCUCCAUGGAUGGAUUGUGGCUGGAGAAUGGUCCCUUUCGGUUGACGGAAAAUGCCGAUGACAGCUGGAGCAUUGAAUUGGACGAAUACAGCUGGCACAAGUCACCAGCCUUUGUUCUCUAUAUUGAUCAACCCGUCGGAACUGGAAUAUCUUUUACAACCAACAAAAAGUACCCGUCAAAUGAUGAGCAAGUGAAUAUGGACUUUUAUUACUUUCUCAAUCAGUUCCUCACCUUUCACAAGGACAAGUUCUUGGACGAGUCGUCACAGACCCUGAAUCGUCCAUUGUAUUUUUCGGGAGAAUCUCAUGCGGGGCAUUACAUUCCAAGCAUGAUGAACUACAUCCAGAAACAGAAUGCAAAAUCACCAUCCUUGCAGAUUCCACUUUCCGGGGCUGCCAUUGGAAAUGGAUGGAUCGAUCCUCCCGUGCAAUACAGUGCCCACGAGGCAGCCUAUGGAAAGGGGAUCAUUGGACUGUCCCAAAAGCGCGCAUUGGAAGAUGACGAAAAGAGGUGCCAACAGGAUUUAGCAAAAGGCAAGUAUGUUUCAAAACACUGCUAUGCCUUGUUGGAUGCUGUCAUUGACAAUUCGCAGGGUCAUGGAUCCCUAUACCACAUUAGUCAGUACGAUGCCCGAAAGACGGAAAAGGUGUCGGGAGCCAGAGACUUUCCAAAGGGUCACAAGGAUGUGGAAGCCUAUCUCGGUGGUGGACACCAAAGCAGCACGCCGGUGCUGGCCAAUCUCAAAGACCAAGUCCUCAAGGCCAUUCAUGCGACUCCUUCGGCCGAGGCGGGACAAGAAUACGAAGAAUGCACGGAUCCACCCUACAAUGCCUUGAAGCAUCAAGAUGGAUUGGGUGUGACCCACGACGUUGUAGAUUUGUUGAACAAUGAUGUGCGCAUGAUGUUUUUCAAUGGAAUUGAAGAUAUGAUUUGCAAUCAUGUGGGCAAUGAAAUUGCGGUCGAAAAUUUCGAAUGGAAGUUACAAAAAGAAUAUCAGUUGGCGCCUCGGUAUGGUUGGAGGUCACCUUCCACCCAAAUGCUGGCUGGAUUCAUGAAGGAACAUGAGAACCUCAUGUAUCUCAAGGUCAAGGACAGUGGACACAUGGUCCCGAUGGACCUUCCGGACGUGGCUCUGGAUUUGAUCCGAACUCUCAUUUACAACAAGAGCUUUGAAGACUACGAGCAGCGUAUUUCUCGAAUGACAGCACCAGACGGCGAUAGCGAUGGAACAAACUGCCCGAUCUGUCUAGAUAGCUCUGAUGACGAUGAAGACGAAGAUAGCGACGAAGACAGCGACGAAGAAAGUGACGAUGACGAUGCUGAGGGCACCCAGAAGAAAAAGACAUGUCCAAAGUGUCCAGCUUGCUCGAGCAAAAGCAAGAUUGCAAAGAAAGGAACUCCGGAAUUGCCGCAGACAUUUAAGGAUUGGGCCACGACUUCGCCAACCACUUUAAUUGGCGGAUCCGCUUUGAUUGCAUGGGCUCUGGCAUUUUGCAUGUACAUGGCGUGCUUUCGUCGCAAGGAUAGGGGACCGAAAUAUCGACCGGCCAAUCGAUAUGACAUGGAAAUGACGUCCGGUGGGUACUCGGACAAAGCACAAGCAGAUCUGGAUCCAUACGAAGAAGAACCCAUUGAAUUUUCUUAG